CUUUCCCUGUAUUGGCGUCCACUUGUUAUCUUUCGUUCUCUACUCUGUAAAUUAUCUGUCCACAAACUCUCUAGAGUUUCCACCCAAGAUUUCCUGUUUCACAGAAAUGGCAGAUAGUGUUGUUGCUUUUCUGCUAGAUAACUUGUCUCGGCUGCUUGAAGAUGAGCACAAGUUGCUUUCUGGCGUGGAGGACAAAGUCAACUCUCUUUGCAAUGAGCUCAAGUUUAUACACAUCUUCCUCAAGAAUUCCGAGGGCAAGCGCAGUCAUGACACAGUGAAAGAAGUGGUGAGCCAAAUCAGAGAUGUCGCCCACAAAGCUGAAGAUGUUGUUGACACCUACGUUGCCAACAUCACCAAGCACAGACAGAGAAACAUACUUAGCAAGUUAUUCCACCUCAGAGAACAAGUCAUGGUGCUUCACCAAGUCAACUCUGACAUAGAGAAGAUCAGGACUCGGAUCGAUGAGAUCUAUAAGAAUAGGGACAGAUAUGGCAUUGGAGAAGGUGAAUUCCGAAGCGAAGAAGCUGCUGCAGAAGCAGAACCACUCCUCAAAAGAAGGAGGGAGGUGGAGGAAGAAGAUGUGGUGGGCUUAGUGCAUGACUCAAGCCAUGUAAUUCAGGAACUCAUGGAGAGUGAGUCACGUCUUAAAGUUGUUUCCAUAAUUGGAAUGGGAGGGUUGGGUAAGACCACUCUUGCCCGUAAGAUCUAUAACAACAAUCAAGUGCAGCUGUGGUUUCCUUGCCUUGCAUGGGUUUCUGUGUCCAACGAUUACAGACCCAAGGAAUUUCUUCUCAGCCUUCUCAAAUGUUCAAUGUCAUCCACAUCCGAAUUUGAAGAAUUAAGUGAGGCAGAACUGAAGAAGAAGGUAGCAGAAUGGUUGAAAGGGAAGAAGUAUCUGGUAGUGCUUGAUGACAUCUGGGAAACCCAAGUAUGGGAUGAGGUUAAAGGAGCCUUUCCAGAUGACCAAUCAGGUAGUAGAAUUCUCAUAACAAGUCGCAACAAAGAGGUGGCACACUAUGCUGGAACUGCGUCUCCCUACUACCUUCCCAUCCUCAAUGAAGAUGAAAGCUGGGAACUCUUCACAAAGAAGAUUUUUCGAGGUGAAGAAUGCCCGUCUGAUUUAGAGCCUCUGGGUAGAUCCAUUGUGAAAACUUGUGGGGGUUUACCACUUGCCAUUGUGGUUUUAGCAGGACUCGUUGCCAAGAAGGAGAAGUCACAAAGAGAGUGGUCAAGAAUCAAGGAUGUGAGUUGGCAUCUUACAGAGGAUAAGACUGGAGUGAUGGAUAUACUGAAGCUUAGCUAUAACAACUUGCCUGGAAGAUUAAAGCCUUGUUUUCUGUAUUUUGGAAUCUAUCCUGAAGACUAUGAGAUCAGUGCAAGGAAAUUGAUCCAAUAUUGGAUCGCAGAAGGGUUCAUACAACCACAAAAAACUGGAAUUGCAGAUACAACAGAACUGGAAGAUGUAGCUGACUUUUACUUGGAUGAGCUGGUGGAUCGCAGCUUGGUGCAAGUGGCAAAAAGGAGGAGUGAUGGGGGUGUCAAGACAUGUCGGAUUCAUGAUAUUCUACGUGAUCUUUGCUUGUCAGAAAGCAAGUCUGAUAAGUUUCUGGAGGUUUGCACAAACUCCAACAUUGAUACCAUCAGUAAUACCAAUCCCCGUAGAAUGUCCAUCCACUGGAAAGGAGACUGGGAUGUCUCUGCAAACACAUUUAACAAAUCAUGCACUCGUUCCAUAUUCAUCUUUGGUAGUGAUGAUAGAAUGGACCUAAUUCCUGUUUUGAAAUACUUCGAGUUGGCCCGUGUGCUUGAUUGUGAUUAUUCGAUUUUUGGGUUUUUGCCUUAUUCAGUCCCCAGAGAUUUGAAGAGGAUGAUCCAUCUAAGAUACUUGAGAAUAUGGGUCAAGCACCUUCCAGAUUGUGUAUGCAGCCUUUGGAAUCUAGAAACACUGGAUGUAAGAUAUAGAGGGACAGUAUCCAGUAAAAUUUGGACGUUGAAGCGACUGAGACAUCUUUAUUUGAAGGGGAAAGGGAAGUUACCACUGCCAAAAGCAAAUAGAAUGGAGAAUCUCCAAACCCUUUCGUUAUUGGAUCAGUAUCCACAACAAAUUAUUUUCCUGUUGAACAGUGGCAUAUUUCCUAGGUUGCGAAAAUUAGGUUUGAGCUGUUAUGAUUUAGACGGAGAAUCAAGUAUGUUACCAAGUCUACAGCGCCUCAGCAAUCUUCAUAGCCUAAAUCUAAAGCCCAGUUAUCCAAAGUACGGUUUUGAACUUCUAUUAGACACCAAUGCGUUUCCAUCAAAUCUUACAAAGAUAACCUUGGAUGUAGAUGCAUUCCCUGAUCUCCAAUCUUUAAUGAAGACACUAGGGCGACUUCCCAACCUUCAAAUCUUGAAACUAAGAUUCGGCCAUGUUGGUUUUCAUCUUGAUAUUGGCAGGGGAGAGUUCCCGCAACUUCAAGUGCUUCAUAUGGAUCGAAUAAAAGUAAGACAAUGGAGAUUAGAGAAAGAUGCAAUGCCUCGACUUCGCCAUCUGGUCAUUAAUGGCUGUUCUAAAUUGUCAGAGCUUCCAGAAGAACUUUGGUCAAUGACUGCCUUACGACUGGUGCAUGUUUCACGGCCCUCCGAAGAAUUGGCUAACAGUCUCAAAAAUGUGGAGCCCAGGAAUGGCUGUAAGCUCAUAAUCUCUAAUGCUCCAGAACUGUGGACAGGCAAGUGGGACCGCUUUCUCUCAUAACCUUUCUUUUAUCUUUGUCUAAUAUUUGUUUUUUAAUCCCGACCCCAUUUCCAUUUUCUUUGUCCAAAUAAAUUUCCAAUUUAAAAUAGCGGAUAUUCAAAUUGAGAAUGGAUGUUGCUUCCUUUCCGUGUCUGGAGUUGUGUCUUACAUAUUUAUAAUACCUAGAGUUUCUUUUC